UAUUGGACACGUCGGUAAAUAUAUAAGCAUGCCACCCAAUUCAUAAUUCCAAAGGCGUACGUUACCUUUUUUUAGGCCGAUAUAUGGAAGCUCGAUUAAGAAAACAUUACAUAAUUGUGCGAGUGGUCGGGUGCGCAAGUGGCGCCAUGCAACGUGUAACUAUGUGGGGAUGACAGGGUGGUUGCGGGGCGCACGGCGGGGGCAGCUUUGAGCACCACUCUCGGCUAAAGUCGAAACACCUCGGCUCGACGGCUCGUCAGUUGGACACAAGUCACGAUGAGAACGGCACGCGUCUGCGUUGCCCCGCGCAGUCACCGUAAACACGCCGCGACGUAAACACAAAACAGUGAAGUGAACAUGUAUCGUGCUGUCUUAGAACUUUGACAACCAAUAGUAAAAAUCAAUUUGUAAAUAAGGACAAAUGUGUGUGAAAAAUGUUACUGUUGCUGACUUUUUUGUUAGUGACUUUGGAUUGUAAUGCAGCGUAUGCAUCGAAAGGUGACACAAGUAACUGCAAAAGUGAGAAUAAAACAAUAGUAUGUAGUGUACGAAUUCUUGAAACAAAUGGAUCUAGCUUAGCAAUAACUUCUGCUGAAUAUUCGAGCCGGUUGUUUAUCGAAUGUAACCAGCUGCUUUUGUUUGAAAGCCAUUUAGUGGCAAAUUAUUUUCAAAAGUUUUCGAAGCUCGAAGAUUUAUCAAUACAUAACUGUAAAUUACUCAGAAUACCAGGCAAUGCUUUUGAGGGAUUACGAGACUUGAAAAAGUUGUCAAUUCGGUCAAAAAACUAUGAUUGGAGUUCGAAUAAAAACCUAGAGCUCUCUCUGGGAACAUUUAAUGGAUUGCGUGAAUUGCAAUCGCUGGAUUUGGGUGAAAAUAAUUUAAAAGUGAUACCAUCUGAUGUAUUUUGCCCAUUGGAUAAUUUGCAGAAACUGAAUUUAACACAUAAUAAAAUUAAAAACAUAGACCGCAUUGGAUUGGGAAAUAAUUGUGGACUGGAUAUUCUAAGUUUGGAUUUAAGCUACAAUGAACUCAAAACUUUAAACGAGGAUUCUGAAAUAGCAGCACUUCGGAGACUUCAAGAAUUGAGACUACAAAAUAACAAUAUAAGUGAUAUUUCUAGUGAAAUAUUUAAUGGACUUAUAUCAUUAAGAGUUUUAAAUAUUUCACAUAAUAAUCUUCAAUUUAUACCUGAAGGGACUUUUGCCAACACGAAGGAAUUGCGUGAAAUAUAUUUGAAUGAUAAUCAAUUAUUUGAGUUAGGUAGGGGUGUGUUUCAUCGCUUAGAACAACUUUUUGUGCUAGAUUUAUCAAACAAUCAACUGUCCAGUGCUCACAUCGAUGGUGGAACAUUUGUAGGACUAAUACGAUUAAUUAUAUUAAAUUUAUCAAAUAAUGCCUUAACGCGGAUAGAUAAUAAGACGUUCAAAGAUUUGUUUGUUCUUCAGAUAUUAGAUUUAAGAAAUAAUUCAAUUGGAUAUAUCGAAGAAAAUACAUUUUUGCCCCUGUAUAAUUUACAUACGCUAAUCUUAGCCGAGAAUCGUUUACAUACUAUCGAUGAAUUGUUAUUUAACGGUUUAUUUGUCUUAAGUAAGCUUAAUUUAAAUAAUAAUUUAUUAGUUAGCAUUGAUCCAAAAGCUUUUAAAAAUUGUUCGGAUUUAAAAGAGUUAGAUCUGAGUUCGAAUCAAUUAUUGGAAGUUCCUAAAGCUAUUUGGGAAUUAUCCCUCUUAAAAACUUUAGAUCUUGGAGAAAAUUUAAUAACAGAUAUAAAAAAUGGGUCAUUUAAAAACUUGGAUCAAUUAACGGGCUUAAGAUUGAUUGAGAAUCAAAUUGGAAAUUUAACAAAGGGUAUGUUCUGGGACUUGCCAAGUCUUCAAGUGCUAAAUCUUGCAAAAAAUAAAAUUCAAGCUAUUGAAAGAGGUUGUUUUGAGCGUAAUAAACAGUUAGAAGCUAUUAGAUUGGAUCGAAAUUUUAUCGUCGAUAUUAACGGUGUGUUUUCAUCUGUUUUAAGUUUGUUGUGGUUGAAUUUGUCAGAGAACCAUUUAGUUUGGUUUGAUUAUGCAUUUGUGCCUAGUAAUCUUAAAUGGCUUGACAUUCACAGUAAUUAUAUUGAACAUUUAGGAAACUAUUACAAACUUCAAGGUGAAAUAAAGAUAACAACUUUAGACGUGAGUCGUAAUCGUAUUACGGAAAUAUCGCCUUUAGUAAUUCCGAAUAGCGUUGAAGUUUUAUUUAUAAAUAAUAAUCGCAUUACAAAUGUUCAAGUCAACACUUUUAUGGAUAAACGUAAUUUGACAAGAGUUGAUAUGUAUCAAAAUUACUUAACACAUUUAGAUCUGAAUAGCCUUCGAUUGUUUCCGGUCUCAUUGAACAAAUCACUUCCAGAAUUUUACAUAGGUGGUAAUCCGAUCGAUUGCGACUGUUCAAUGGAAUGGUUGCCUUUGAUAAAUAAUAUGACUACUUCUAGACAAUAUCCUAGAAUCAUGGACUUAGAAAAUGUGAUAUGUAAAAUGACGCAUACUAGAAGUGUCACGCAUAUAACAUUAAGUAAUUUAAAAGCGACGGACUUUUUGUGUACUUACGAAACGCAUUGUUUCACGCUCUGCCAUUGCUGCGACUAUGUAGCGUGCGACUGUCAAAUGACAUGCCCGAAUAAUUGUUCUUGUUACCAUGACCCAACUUGGCAUACAAAUGUAGUAGAUUGCUCCGCCCAAAAAGCAGUUGAUCUUCCAGAAAAAAUACCUAUGGAUGCUACGGAGGUCUAUUUAGAUGGAAAUAAAUUUAAAGAAUUGCAAAAUUAUGCAUUCAUAGGUAGAAAAAACAUGAGAUCUCUUUAUGUAAAUUCAAGUGAAGUGGAAAGCAUACAAAAUAGAACAUUUGCUGGUUUAUCUUCUCUUGUCAUAUUAAAUCUUGCAGACAAUAAACUGACACAUCUUUACGGUUAUGAAUUCGAAUACUUAUCGCAACUGAAUGAACUGUAUUUGCAAAAUAAUUUUCUAAGAUACAUUAGUAAUACAACAUUCUCUACCUUGUAUUCAUUAAAAAUUUUAAGAUUAGACGGCAAUAAAUUAGUUGACUUCUCGAUUUGGAGUCUGGGUAUUAAUAGGAAUCUUAAUAGUUUAGCAAUAAGCGAUAAUAUGUGGUCUUGCAAAUGUAGAUAUCUCCAAAGAUUUACAAGUUAUUUGUCAGAAAACGUUGUUACGAUUAAAGACAUAACUAAGUUAUGGUGCUGGGAUAUAGAUAGUGCAAAACCACAGAAAAAAGAUCUUAAUCUCAAUGGCACAAUAUGUAGCGAUUAUUACGCUGGUGACACGGGUAUAGAUAAUGUUUUAGUUUCCAAUUACGUUCCCAUGCUUGUAACUGCAUUUUCUGGAUUUUUGCUAAUAAUACUCGUCACCCUUGUGAUUUUCUUAUUUAGAGACACAAUACGUGUAUGGCUCUAUUCAAAUUGUGGAAUAAGAUUGUUUCCACUCACUGGAGCGUACGAUGACACUGACAAAUUAUACGAUGCUUACGUAUGCUAUAGCCCGAAGGAUGACGACUUUGUUAUUCAAACGUUAGCGGCUGAAUUAGAAAAUGGGACUCCGUCAUAUAAUUUGUGUCUACAUUAUAGAGAUAUACCUCAACACGGCACCACUUAUAUGCAAUGUACUUUACCGCUCCCCGAGGCAGCAGAAGCCUCUAAGCGCAUUAUUCUCGUCCUAACUAGGAACUUUAUUCAAACUGAAUGGUCCCGAUUUGAGUUUAAGCAAGCGUUACAUGAAAUACUUAAAACUAGAAUUUAUACGUUAAUCAUAAUAGAAGAAAGUGCAGUUAUGACCGAGGCGGAAUGUGAUCCGGAUUUAAGGCCGUAUUUAAAAACUAGUUCGAGAAUUAAAUGGGGUCAGAACAAAUUUUGGGAAAAAGUGAGAUAUGCGUUACCCGAUAGGACGUAUCGAUCAAAAUCAUCUAGUUUAAGGCGUAAUAUUAAUUCUUACAAUAUGCGUGGUGGUAUUCAAAAUGGAACAUUGAGAUCUUUCUCGUUUGAUAAAAUGCAAGUAUCCGCUAACGGUGUGAAUGGAUCUCCUGAGUACGUUGAGAGCCGAUCACAUGUACAUACGCCAUAUGGUCCCGAUGGAAGGCCUCCAUCCGACCAUAUUUAUUCAUCGAUCGAUUCAGAUUAUUCUUCACUAGAAUUAGGGGGUAGUAAUGUAAAUCGAAGGAGGGAAUUCAGACAUUGGCCGCCGCCUCCUCCUAUAAUAGACACGCAGCAAUCCGGUCAAGCUUACCUUGUCUAGUCUACGCUUUGGUUUAUAUAAAUAUUUAGUCGAAGCUUCUUGUGUAAAUUGUAUCAACGUGCUUACCAAAUAAUUAAGAUUUCAACCUAUUUUUGUAAUUCUUAGAUAUAAAUGGCGUUCUUUUCAUAUUAUUGUAAAUAAAUCCUAUAAGACUGCUGUAGAAUAUUAUGUGAAUUUGUAUAUAAUGUGUAAAUAAAUAAAUGUCCAUAUUAAGUCACAAGUAUACCUAUUUAUAUACUUUAAUAAAGCCAUUGUGAUAAUUUUUGCAUAAAAUUUUAUUUUUGUUUCAUUGUAACCCUCAUAAACUCGGAGAUAAAGACAGAUAUUAAAAAUACAGAAUAUAA